AUGGCGCCCCCUUCCCAGCUCACCGUCGCGACGCUCGCCGUCACCCGGCUCCUCAAGGAGGAGAUCUCCUAUGAGAAGGAGCUCAUCCAGCAAAAGGCCAAGGUCGCCACGCUCGAGGCCGAGAUCCGGGAGGGCAAGCCCGACGAGGACGGGAACCGGGAGUACAUGCUCAGACAGCUGAAACUCGCCGUGGAGGAGACGCAAAAGAUGUUCCCUGCCCUGAGGACCCGCGUCGAGGACUCGACCGCCAAGCUGGAGGAGCAGAUCGCCCUCGCCGAGAGUGGCGGCGCGUCGCCCACCGAGGUCGAGACGGCUAAGCUGGCGCUCGCCAAGGGCAAGGAGGAGAAGACGUACGUGACCGACACCACCUCGGCUUGA